GGAUAACAAAAUUGUGAUUUUCCGCUUGGCUACAUGGUGAUCCAAAACCAACAUGAGAUGAAAGUCUAAAACAAGGAUAGAAGAGAGUGCCCUUCCUACAGCUGGUCCAGAAAUGUGUCCUCAAGGACAGUCCUCACCAGGCCAUGCCCUUUCCAGACUGCAUCUGCUCUGAUGGUCCAGCCUAAGCCAUGGAGACAGGAAACUGCAGCUGUGGGACAGAUUUCACCUUGGCUGGUCUUUUCCAGUAUGGACACAUGGACACCUUCCUCUUCACAGUCAUCGCCAUCCUCUUUGCAGUGGCUCUCAUAGGCAACAUCACACUGGUCCUCCUCAUCAGGCUGGACCAAAGACUCCACACCCCCAUGUACUUCCUCCUCAGCCAGCUCUCCAUCAUUGACAUGAUGUACAUCUCCACCACUGUGCCCAAGAUGGCAGCUAACUUCCUGUCAGACACCAAGGCCAUUUCCUUUCUGGGCUGUGAGAUCCAAGUCUUUAUGUUUUUGAGCCUUGCUGGAUGUGAAGCUCUCCUGCUGGGCUUCAUGUCCUAUGACAGGUAUAUAGCCAUCUGCCGGCCCUUGCACUACCCUGUGCUCAUGAGCAGGAAGAUCUGCUUCUCCCUGGUUGCCAGUGCCUGGAGCAGCAGCUCCAUCAAUGCUUUAGCGCACACAAUGUAUGUAUUUCAACUUCCCUUCUGUGGAUCUAAGAUGGUUAACCACUUUUUCUGUGAGGUUCCAUCUCUCCUGCCACUGGUGUGCGAAGACACAUCCCAAUAUGAGCACAUGAUUGUCAUGAGUGUCCUUGUCCUUGUGUUGCUCCCCUUCCUGGCCAUCCUAGCUUCCUAUGCUCGGGUGUUGGUUGUUGUAUUCCAGAUGGGUUCAGGGCAGGGACAGAGUAGAGCUGUGUCCACCUGCUCCUCACACCUGACUGUGGCCAGCCUGUUCUAUGUCACUGGUCUCUGUACCUACACCCAGCCACACUCCUUGCAUUCUCCUGGAAGGGACAAAGUGGUGGCUGUGCUCUAUUCUAUUGUCACUCCUGUUCUGAACCCGUUCAUCUACAGCCUGAGGAACAAGGAGGUCAUGGGGGCCCUGAGGAGACAAAUGGGGUGAUGAAGAUUUACAUGGGACUUUGGGUCACCCUGUGGAUUGAUCUAAAGUCUGGUCUUGGACACUCUCUGGAAUGAUUUCAGGAUUGAUAUUUUUGUGGAAGUUUAUCAGCUUGUCUCACUGAUUGAACAAGAGCACGAACCUUUGCCCACACAGUGUCACACUGAGUUGUUGGUUUGAUCUGAAUGUUGGUUCCUGAGGAGAUGGAAGGGCUUUGUCUCUGUCCCUGCCAUCUCUCGUUGCCCAUCAGUUUCUAUACAGUGGCCUGUUCUA